GCGGGCGGCAGAUAGACGCGAACCGCCGCCCGAGGCACACAGCGCUCGCAACAUGUGAACCGACCACGCGACCCAACAAAAUGUCCAACUUACGAUAACAAACUUCUCUAAUCGUGAGGCUGCAAAGCAAUACCACUCUUAUUACUCAUUAUAAUAGAGUUUAAAGUAGUUUUUAAAAGCACCAGUAUUAUUACGUGUUAGUAAAUAUCGAUAUAGUUGUUGUUGUGCUUAUUGUCUACUAUAAAGAUGCGCCAAUAUAUCGUCCCCGUGCUGCUCCUAGCGAUAGUGGCACUCUCCUCCAGUAAUGUUCUUCCAAUGUCGCUGAAUGACCUCAACAGAGAACAACUCGGCUUCGACAGCCAACACAAUGACAAUGCAUUUAGUGAUAGAUAUCCUACAAGAAAUAUACUCGAUGAGAUAUUCAAAAUGUACGUUGCACAAGACAACAAACCAGAAUCACAACAUAAUCUCCAACAAAAGUAUGAUGAGGACAAUAAUCUAAAUGAUGAUAUUUACAAUAUAUUAAGUAAAGAUGACAACUACAAUGGGGAGGGUUUUCGAAAAGAACAAUGGCAUAACUAUCCACGACAGUUAGAUCGCCUCCAUCAAUUCUAUGAACACAAUGCGGAUAAAAGGAAUUUCGACCCUGAUCCCAAUAACGAAGGAAACACUGAAGAAAUUGCACCUGAUAAUCCAGACACAAAUUAUAUAACCAACGAAUUUCAAUUAGACAGUAACCCUGCUACGAAUAAUGUCUACGACGCAGUAAUAGGUGCGACUAACCCCUUAUUAAUACUUAAAAUGCGAUUAGCACGCUUGAAUAAAGAUAUUGAUAAUGCGAAUGCCCAUUAUGCUAAUCUUAUAAAUUCUGGACUAGAAUCUAAUAACCUGAGAGAGGAUGAAAAGAAUGAAUUCAGGAAUGAAAACCCCGAAGCGAACGCCAUUAAAGUAAAGCGAGAAGGCGUAGCUAGCUCACAGAAUAACGAGUUAACAGACAAUCCAUCGCAAAAUAAAACGGUGAACAAGAGGAUUUUCUCGCUGUGGAGUCGUCUCCAGAGCCUGAACCACAAAGGUCACGAGCUGCAACACCGGCGACAUCUACACGCGUUCUACGGUCUACCUGAUUCUGAUGGAGGAGGGGCGCUCACGGCAGAAACCAGGGCGACACUCAUGCGACCACCCGGCUCGCCCCUACGUUGGGGAUGAAUAUACUAGAAUCGUUGAAGAGGCUUUGUUAAGUUUCGGUUCCUUUGCAGUUACGUGUUAGAUAAAUAAAUGAGGAAGAUUGAUAGGGACAAAAUGGAAUGUAGCAAGCGUAGGUCAACUCCAAAAAAUGUUGAAACAUUAGCAAAAAUGUUAUUGGCGAAAAUUGUUUCGUUAGAUUCGGGAUUAUUUGCGUACUGAUGCGCUUUGUGGGUUCUUACACGUUUUCGAACGCAGUUAUAUUCUUGUCUUAGUGAUAUGUCUCAAGUAUGGCGAUUAUGUGUAUUUAAAGCAAUAACAUUUGAAGUAUGCUCAGUUUUAUAUAUCGGAGGAUUUUAGAUCUUACUCGUAGUAACGUGCAAAAAAAUUAUAUUCUAUUAUUUUUGUGUUAUUUAUUUUACUAAAAGUAAUGACGGCUCAGUCCGUUUAAUGAUUUACAUAAUUAUGUUUUUUUUUUUUAAAUAAUGUUGUCGUUGAUUGUGUGGAUCAAUGGAUUUCUUUCAAAAUGCUGAAUAGUACAAUAAAACGACCAAAUUAAUACUAUCAUUUAUUAUGGUAGUAAAUCAAUAAUUUUAACAAAGAUUUGUAAUGACUGUUUAUAUAUUCGGUAACAAUAUAUAUAACAAUAAGUAAUCGACUAAAUAGUUAUUCAUGUAUUAAAUUAUUUAUUAAUUUUCGAAUCUUUUGUUAUCGUGUGCAAACUUACAAUGCUUACUGUAUUCUGAACUAUAACUAUUU